AUGGCCUUCUUCUCCCAAUUAGCGGGCUCCCUGCGCAAGCAAAAGUCUUCCCUGCCAGAAGGUCGCCGCUCCCGCCAAGAAGCAGCGCGCACUCCCUCCACAGGCGUCUUUGCCUCUCCUGCAGCGUCCGUACAUGGUGACCUUGACUUCAACUGCGCCGGGGACAGGUCCUCGCGCUCUUCGCGCUUCUUCGCAACACUCUCUCGUGCCAGCACCAGUCUCGGCUUUCUCACCAACAGCAGAAGCAAUCAGCCAAAGCGCAAGCACUAUCAGGGACUCUACGGAAGUGCCUCUGACCUCAAUCUCCCUGCUAUGCAACAGACAGACACUGCUACACAGUCGCAUGGCAAGAGUCUCUUCAGCGCCAAGCGUUUCAAGCGUUUCUCCAGGCACAAGCCAAGCAGCACAUCAGUCUUGCGGCAUGAUUCUUGCAAGAAGAGGGUAGAGUCGUCUCAGAUGCCCACCCCAGAUCUCUCGCUGCGAGGUGCUAAUGUCGAAAUCAUUCAAGACGUGACCAAGGCGUUCGAGGGCAAUGCGCAACAGUGUCCUACGCUACGUGGUUUGGAUGUCAAAAAGCAUGCACGUCCUGCAUUGGAUCCGUCGCUGAGACCGCCGCCUCGCGUUUGUCCAGAUAUGGAUCCGCCAAGUGACGCAGAAACGCUCGUUGCUCUGCCCGUUGUCAACUGUGUAGGCAAUGCAUCUCCGUCGCAGCAGAGACCUGAAGAGCCUAUCAGAUCAACAUUAUCGACGCCAGUUCUUGCAACAACCGCAGUUUCUCAUGCUGACACGCCCACGCUUGGCUCUACGGAGCUUCCACCUACACGCCCACAAUCGCAGGUCGAUUGGCACAUUCGUUCUCCGUCUGUUGGUACAUUGAUGCCCGACGACAGCACUUCCGUCAAGGGAUAUGCUAGCAGCUGUGAUUUAACUCGCGACCAGACUGUCGCUGCGUCUUCUUUUUAUGGUACUCCAGCAGAGCCUGAGCGCAUGUCCAUCAUCUCUAGCUCACCCGAUGCACUUGCUGGCCUCGAGUGGCUUCGCUUGGAAGAGUCUUCUUUGCGACUCAAGAUGGUCUUUGAUGGUGCGGCGAUUGACCUUAAUGACAACAGGUACUUGUCUGAUCCGACUUUCAAUGAAGGGUCGACCUUGACACGUGUACAGACACCCCUAUGCCCUAUGGUCGCAUCUCCAGAAUCAACAUCAGCCAAGAAGCCAGCACAGCGUGUUGUGUCGCCCUUCUCGCAGGGUGUGUUGACGUCGCCACGCCCAAAGCGUCCUUCACUCUCUGUCGACAUAUCCAGCAAGAGACUAGCGGCUGCGAGCGAUGAGACACCAGUCUCAAAGCCAGUCCUGCGAGAUUCACCAACUACAGAGACCCAGGCAUACUCACUACCACAGCCAAAGCCACUCCUGCACAUCUCGCCAGAAGCGCUCACGUACACACCGUCGCCCAUCAGAUCUCGAGAUCCGAAUACUUCCACGCCACUUUCUGGCACUGCGGGACGGAAGAAGCUUGGCCAACGACUGCGCAGUCCAUUUUCAAGUAGUCCGAUGUCGGCUCAACAGCGUGUCUUUGCACAAUCACCAACUCAGUCGCAAUCCAGGGCUUCGACCAUCUCCCAUGCAAACAACCCAUCAUGUGACGGCACACUAACCAGUUCAAGGACCAGCAAACCUGCUUCGCCUAGAGGAAUGCAUGACUCUGCUGACAGGGUACUUCGGCAAAUCCACGCACGUUGUUCUGUCCGCGAACGGUCUUCCCAAGCGACUUAUGGCCGACCAGGACUGGGUUUACCUCCUGGGCCGAGUUCUGGGUUGCCGGGUACAAGUGAGCGGUACGCUGGAACCUGGCAGCGAAACAAAAGGCCCAUGAUCUCUAUUGAACGGUACGGCACCAUCUACGAUGCUGGCAUGUUCUGA